UGAACUGACACGCCCUAUAGCAAAAAUCUCUCAAAAAAAAACAAAACAAAUCAGCUCCCCUACCAACUGCAUUUAGGCUACAUUACAAAGAACUCGUGAUUUCCCCCGCAAUACCGCCCUUGAUUCCAUUCUAAAAAAAAAUUAUUUUUGUAGUCUACAACGUCCGUAUCAAACAGCCUUCUCCUUCCUUCCUUACCGCUAAAAAGAAAAGGAAAAAGCAGAGGGUGGGAAGCCCAUUCAUCACAGUAGUCCCUAGCCUCAUUGCUGGGAGCUGAGCUGCUGUUUUCGACCUCACAGCGGGGGACCUGCCUCACCCCUAGACUCGGGGGCAGGGUCACCAGAGACUCAACACCAGAACUGAGGCUGCCAAUUGGCAGCUCUAAAUUGGCGGCACGUUCAGCAGUCAUGGGCCUGGGGACCCGCAUCCCACAUCCUAUCGUUUCGGGUGUGCAGACCGGCAACAGAGGGCACUCCCUACCCCGUUGGCAUCGAUGGCUCCUGUUGGUCCGGGGCGCUGCUGCCCAAGGUUCCAGGCACCCCUCGCAGAUCCGGAACUAAACUCCCAGCUACGGAGCCCCGCCCGAACACCGGAAGCAGAGAAGUUCUCACUUCCGGGAACUCACAGCUCCUCCCGCGUGGAUAAGCUGUUACUCUUUCCUGGCCGCACGCGUUCUAAAUAACGCGUGCGCGCCGUCAGCAGCAGUGCCAUGGAGGACGCGGAAUCCUUGGGCUUCGAACACAUGGGGCUUGACCCCCGACUUCUGCAGGCGGUCUCCGACCUGGGCUGGUCUCGACCCACGCUCAUCCAGGAGAAGGCUAUCCCGCUGGCCCUGGACGGCAAGGACCUCCUGGCCCGGGCCCGCACCGGCUCGGGGAAGACAGCGGCGUACGCCCUGCCCAUGCUGCAGUUGCUGCUUCACGGGAAGACGACAGGUCCUGUGGUAGAACAGGCUGUGAGAGGCCUUGUUCUCGUGCCUACCAAGGAGCUGGCUCGGCAAGCCCAGUCCAUGAUCCAGCAGCUGGCUACCUACUGUGCUCGGGACAUCCGUGUGGCCAACGUCUCAGCUGCUGAAGAUGCAGCUUCACAGAGAGCUGUACUGAUGGAGAAGCCAGACAUCGUGGUGGGUACUCCAUCCCGCAUAUUAAGCCACUUGCAGCGAGACAGUUUGAAACUACGUGACUCCAUGGAGCUACUGGUGGUGGAUGAGGCUGAUCUUCUUUUUUCCUUUGGCUUUGAGGAAGAACUCAAGAGUCUCCUCUGUCACUUGCCCCGGAUCUACCAGGCUUUUCUCAUGUCGGCUACUUUUAAUGAGGAUGUUCAGGCACUCAAGGAGCUGGUGCUACAUAAUCCGGUUACCCUCAAGUUACAGGAAUCCCAGCUGCCAGGGCCAGACCAAUUACAGCAGUUUCAGGUGAUCUGUGAAACUGAGGAGGACAAAUUACUGCUGCUCUUUUUUUUUCUGCUGCUCUAUGCCCUGCUUAAACUGUCCUUGGUUCGGGGCAAGUCCUUGCUCUUCGUCAAUACUCUGGAGCGGAGCUACCGGCUACGCCUGUUCCUGGAGCAGUUCAGCAUCCCCUCCUGCGUGCUCAAUGGAGAGCUCCCACUGCGCUCCAGGUGCCACAUCAUCUCUCAGUUCAAUCAAGGCUUCUACGACUGUGUCAUAGCCACUGAUGCUGAAGUCCUGGGAGCUCCAGUCAAGGGCAAGCGACAGGGCCGAGGCCCCAAAGCAAACAAAGCCUCUGACCCUGAGGCAGGUGUGGCCCGGGGCAUCGACUUCCACCAUGUAUCUGCCGUGCUCAACUUUGACCUUCCCCCUACCCCUGAGGCCUACAUCCACCGAGCUGGCAGGACUGCACGUGCCAACAACCCAGGCACAGUUUUGACCUUCGUGCUGCCUGUGGAGCGGCCCCACUUGAACAAGAUUGAGGAGCUUCUCGGUGGAGAGAACAGGGCCCCAGUCCUGCUUCCAUACCAGUUCCGGAUGGAGGAGAUUGAAGGCUUUCGUUAUCGCUGUAGGGAUGCUAUGCGCUCUGUAACUAAACAGGCCAUUAGGGAGGCCCGACUGAAGGAGAUCAAGGAGGAGCUACUACACUCAGAGAAGCUCAAGACAUACUUUGAAGACAACCCCAGAGACCUGCAGCUGCUGCGGCACGACCUGCCUUUGCAUCCCGCAGUGGUAAAGCCCCACCUGGGCCAUGUCCCCGAGUACCUGGUUCCUCCUGCUCUUCGUGGCCUUGUGCGCCCUCACAAGAAGCGGAAAAAGCCAUCCUCCUGUAGGAAGACCAAGAAGGUGAAGACCCAGAACCCACUGCGCAGCUUCAAGCACAGAGGAAAGAAGUCCAGACCCUCAGCAGUGCCCUCCUGAAGCCAACUGAACCUGAGGGCGGGGCAUGGCAUAGAGCAGGCGUUGUUAGCCACUUUGGGGCUUGCUGAACUGUGUGGACAUACUAAACUGUGGAGCAGGCUAUGCUGGACUUCCCAGCAACUUAGCCUUGGCCAUUGGUGGCUUGCUCCUUAACCACAGAAUAAAGGUUCUAGCUACCCUGGUUGUA